CCUCACAGCCGGCAGGGGGAGCUACGUUUGUAUUGAUGCACAUCUUUGAGUAGCUUAUUUUCUUCCCAAUUCAGAAAAUUCAGCGCCAUGAUGCUGAUUAAUGAUCAUUCUCCAAAGGGGAUCGGUCUGUUGCUGAUUCUAACGUAGUCGUUUCAUGACAGUAUCUGCACAAAGUAGGACAUAUCUGAUCUUGAUACAUCGCUAAUCUGCGAAACUUGGCUCUACUCUGGGCGAACCCACUCUGUUGCCAGGCAGAUCAGUUGCAACAUGGCGGCGACUGGAAACGAAGGGGAGACGUUGUUGCCAGAUAUUGAAGAGGAGGCUGAAGAAAUGGAAAGAGAAAUGGAGUCAGAAGAGGAAGAGGGAAUGGGUGUCGAAAAUUCUGAGGACGAAGAGGACGACACGUCAGAGGACGAGCGAGAAAACGAGGCGGAAAUUCAGCGUUUGGAAGAACAGCUGUCGAUCAAUGCCUUUGAUUACAACUGCCACGUGGACCUGAUCAAACUUCUGAGGCAGGAGGGGAAGUUGCACCGGCUCCGCAAGGCCAGGCAGAAGAUGAGCGAGCUCUUCCCUCUGACCGAAGAGAUUUGGCUGGACUGGCUUAAGGAUGAGAUUGGUCUGACAGAGGGCGAGGAGGCGGAGCGUGAGAAGAUCUACGACCUCUUUGAGAAGGCCGUGAAGGACUACAUCUGCCCGGAUAUCUGGUUGGAGUAUGCCCAGUACUCCAUAGGGGGAAUGGGAGCAUCAGGGGGCAUGGACCGAGCACGCGCCAUCUUCGAGAGGGCCCUGACAGCUGUGGGUCUGCACAUGACCAAGGGUGCCGCCCUGUGGGAGGCAUACCGGGAAUUCGAGAUCGCCAUCCUCUCCACCCUGCAGCCCCCUCCCGGCAGCGUUCCGAGCCCAGAGCAGCAGGAGCAGCUGAAUGUGCAGCUCGAGAGGAUCCAUACACUCUUCAAGCGCCAGCUGGCCAUACCUCUAAUGGAUAUGGAGGGCACCUACACGGAGUACUCUGACUGGGCAGACGAGGGUGCCCCAGAGACAGUUACCCAGCACUAUAAGCGUGCUCUGCAGCAGUUGGAGAAGAGACGACCUUACGAGGAGGCCCUGCUGGUGUCCGAGCCACCCAAGCUGGGGGAGUAUCAGAGCUACAUCGACUACGAGAUGAAGGAGGGAGACCCGGCUCGCGUUCAGAUUGUGUUCGAAAGAGCACUGACUGAGAACUGCCUAGUGCCAGACCUCUGGGCCAAAUACACUGCCUAUCUGGAUCGACAGCUGAAGAUCAAAGAGCUGGUGUUAUCUUGUCAUGAGCGUGCCGUCCGGAACUGCCCCUGGACCAUGGGCUUAUGGAAGAGCUACCUACUGGCUCUGGAGAGGCAUAAGGCGGAGCAUCACACAGUGUCAGAUGUGUUUGAGAAGGCCCUGAGUGCUGGUUUCAUCCAGGCCACCGAUUAUGUGGAGAUCUGGCAGUCAUACCUGGACUACCUGAGAAGACGUGUUGAUUUCAGCAAAGAGGGGAGCCGAGAGCUUGAGGAGCUGCGGGCAGCUUUCUCACGCUCUCUUGACUACCUGAAACAAGACGUGGAAGAACGUUUCAGUGAAAGUGGGGAUCUGUCCUGCACGAUAAUGCAGAUCUGGGCCAGGAUAGAGGCAUUGCACUGUAAGAAUAUGCAAAAAGCGAGGGAAUUGUGGGAUAGCAUCAUGACAAAGGGGAAUGCUAAAUAUGCCAAUAUGUGGCUGGAGUACUACAACCUGGAGAGGUCAUAUGGAGAUGCUGUACACUGUAGGAAAGCUCUGCACCGGGCAGUGCAGUGUACAUCAGACUACCCAGAGCAUGUGUGCGAGGUCCUCCUCACGUUUGAGAGGGUGGAGGGUUCUCUGGAGGACUGGGAUGCAGCCGUGCAGAAGACGGAGUCCAGGCUGAAUCGAGUGCAAGAGCAGAGAGCAAAGGUGGCUGAGCGAGAGGCUCUAAUAGCCCAGCAGGAGGAAGACCGAGCUGAACAGCGGCGAAAGGUCAAGGCUGAAAAGAAAGCACAGAAAAAGAACCAGAAAUCUAACAGGAUGGGAGACAAGCGGAAGGCGGAAGACAAGUGUGAAGAUGAAUGGGGAGAGGAAACGGAGUUGGCUUGUAAGAGACCUCGAGGCGAUGGAGAUUUUGACUCUGUGGCCACAGAGGAGCAGAUGGAGACUGAGCGCGUUCCUCCACCUUUCAGACCGGAGCCUCCAGGUGCUCAGAGGAACCAGCAGGCCACAUCGGCCUUCAAAAUGCCAGAUGCUGCCUCAUUUGAGCAGCGCAAAGACUCGAACAGCGUAUUUGUGAGCAAUUUAUCCUUCAACCUGGAGGACCCUGAGGACAAGAUGAGGGAUGCUUUCAAAGGCUGCGGGACUGUCGUGCAGGUGCGGCCAGUGUUUACAGCCAAGGGCGCGUUCAGAGGCUACUGCUAUGUGCAGUUUGAGGACGAACUAGCUGUCCAAGAAGCAUUGAAGCUGGACAGACAGGAAGUUGGCGGAAGACCGAUGUUUGUCUCCCCCUGCGUGGAUAAGAGCAAAAACCCUGAAUUUAAGGUCUUCAGGUACAACACGUCGAUGGAAAAGCAUAAGAUCUUCAUCUCGGGACUGCCCUUCACCUGCACUAAGGAGAAGCUCGAAGAACUGUGCAGGGAGCACGGCACAGUCAAAGCUGUGCGCCUGGUCACCAACCGCUCUGGCAAACCCAAGGGCCUUGCGUAUGUGGAGUUUGAAAAUGAGGCACAGGCUUCUCAGGCCGUGCUGAAAAUGGACAGGACCAAGCUGGACAGCCACACCCUGUCGGUCGCUAUCAGUAAUCCUCCAGCCCGGAACUUGGAUGCCAAGGUGACACCCGGGCGUGUGCUGGGAGCCAUGAUGCCUCGGCAGCUGCAGGGAGCCCGUGGGAAAGGACGCACGCAGGUCUCGCUACUCCCACGCUCCCUGCACCGGCAGAACACCCCGGAGGCGAAAGCAGAGAACGGCACCACCACCAAGGAGCAGGAUAGCAUGAGCGACGGGAUGCAGGCAGGCCUCGCUGCCUCGGGGGUGAGUGCGCCAGCCAAGCCCAUGUCCAACGAGGACUUCGCCAGGCUGCUCCUGAAAAAGUAAAACUGUACGCAGCAGCAGUCUAGUACGAUGGAAGCACCUGCCUUGUGUCGGAAGCCAUUCUGUGUCCUUAUUACAACCAGGAGGAAGAAACUGAGAUGUUUUGAUUUUCUUUUUCUUGUAUAUAUGUGAAACACCUCCUGAAUUCUGGGGGGGGGGGGUGAUUUUAACACAGUGUCAAUAGAGAUGAGUGGGUCAUUUGUUUUUCUUUCUUUAUCUGAUUGGGGAAGUUAUAGAGAUUGAAGACUUCAAAGUGAGUAUUUUUUUAACCAGAUGUCAAAACAACCAUGUGAACCAUGUUGUUUUAAAUAAGGUAUAUGCAAAACCUGCUAUUUGCUACGAAAGUAUAUUAGAAAUGUAUUAUAAAUGAGAAAAUCGUGCUUUUCAAAUGUAUUUGCCAUCAAUAUACUGGUUAUUUUCUCUAUAGACUGCUUUGGUCAGCCAAUACACACUAUUUGCCUUUUGUUCAAGGCAGAAAAAAAAUAUUUGCUUUACAGAACAUUAAAACUGCAUUUGUAAAAAAAAAUAUUUAUUUGCAGUAAUAAAACCCUGGUAUGCUCACUCUGUGUGCGUUCUAAAUUUCAAAGUGUCUGGUCUUUUAAUGUCCUCACAUAACAAAAAACCAGAAGUGUUGUCAGCUGUUCAAAUCCUAUGUGUAAAAAAACAGCAGCCCACUUUUUUGAUAAUUCUUUCUAAGUAGACUUUCAUUUUGUUAAGAUCCUAGUGCUUUCAUUCAGAACUUGGUUGAGAUUAAAAACAUUUGCACAGAUUUCUGCAUUGUCAUGUAUGUCAUAAGGCUGGAGCUCUAGCCCUGUGUUUAGGGCAUACUCCCUACUGGCUAAUACGUAGCUUUCAAACCUGCCUUACCCUGCUGGCACCAUAUUGGCUGUAGAAUGGUAGAAUAUACGUGCGCCUAGAGUGUCUGCUCCAUUGCCAGACUGCAAGAAUCUAGAACUUGGUUCAAAUUCUAGAGCUCAUCUUGAAGUUUCCAUCCAGAGAAACUAAGAAUUUCUUCCAGGAUUACAAAAUUUCUUGGGCUCUGGUUGAAUUGGGUGUAGAAUUCUUCUGUCUGGCUGUGAUAUGGCCUUGGACCAUUCCCUUUCUCCAUGGACCGACCAUUAUGUAUAAGAAUCUAUGCAGCUGUUUAUCGCUAGAACCUUCCACAUUAGUUUGCCUGAACAUACCCAUUCCCUAUACUGUAAUUAUAUAUACAUGUCAGCAUCUGAGUCAGUAAUUUUGUGGGGCUUUUUUUUUUUGGAUCAAUGUGGAAGGGUUGAGCCUUUUACCAACUAUUAAGUGAUCUGUCAAUAGUGUAUUAGUUUUAGAACCCCUUAUUAAGAAGUUUCCUUACCAGUCAGUUCCUUUAAUGGAGUAUUUGUUGACUAUUCACCUCCCUUGGUGGUUGGCCAUAGUUUUGUAAAACGUUUGUAUAUUUUGAUCUGAACAAAUAGUAGCUCUAUGUAUUUGCUUAUGAUCACCACAGUGGCCUAAAAUAGUAUUGAGAAAUGUGCUGUUGGAAUGUCUUGUUAAGUAUCUUCAAAAGAGAAAAAAAACAAAAAAAACAGUGGUAUUCAGUAUCGACUUGGGAUUUAUUUCUUGGUCUUCGUUAUUAUUUUAAUUUGCAAUAGGUUAGUGUGUGCUUCAGAUUUUAUUUACCAAAUCUGUGUCCUGUCUUUGAAAAUUGUUCUUGUUUCAUUUUAAGAAUUUGAAGUUUAACUGAUGGUUUCUGCCACCCCACUUGUAUUUUUUCCUGUUCUUUUACAUUGUCAGGCCUAAAUUGUUUAUUAAAGCAAUUAAAAUAUGUGGUUGUUGAACAUAA